AUGGCUGAUAAAUCAGCGGCAAACGGGCAGGAAGCCCUCGAAGAAAAGCUCGACCGCCUAUCGCGCAAACCUGGCGUCAAGGCCAGCAUUGUUCUUGACCGAGCUACUGGAUCCAUCAUCAAAACCAGCGGCGACUUAUCCGCCCUACAGAAUGCGAAAUCAAGAACCGAAUCCGCCACCGCAUCUUUCUCGAGCGAGGCGAACGUAGCCGAAGAAAGCCAGUCGAGGGGCCUAGAGGAAUUUGCCGCGUUGAUAUGGAACUACGUGAAUAGUUCUGGGCAAUUGGUGCAAGAACUUGAUGGAGAGGAUGAACUCAAACUGCUGCGACUCCGAACGAAGAAGCAAGAGAUUGUGAUUGUUCCCGACUCAAAAUACCUGCUUACCGUUGUACACGACACGCCGCCAGCUUGA